AUGGACUCUGGACCCCCUUAUCCACCACAAUAUGUCAUGCUCAAUGGCCAAGGGAACCUUAGGCCCCCUAACCAUAGACGCCACAUUCCCCGCUACCAUUCUCAUGAUCAUGCCUUCUAUCUUUUUACAGUUUAUAAACCCCAAAAGCCUUCCUAUAACGUCAAUCAGGUUGAGGUCAAGUCUUUCAAUAUCCAGACAGAUCUUAGCCUCUAUGCAGAAAUCUCUGUUUCUGUAAAGGCUGAUAAUCCCAAUCAUUUUAUAGGCUUCAUUUAUGGGAAGGAAAGCUCUGUUGCUGUUUUAUACACAGGAAACACUCUUUGUUCAGGCAAGCUCCCAGCUUUUCAUCAACCUGGGAACAACAUUACCUUCUUGAAUAUUCUGUUGAAAGGAAAGAAUGAGUUUGGUUCAGGUCUUCAAGAGACUCUCCUUCAAAACCAAAAGAACGGAAAAAUUCCUUUAAUCAUAACCGUAAAGGCGCCAGUAAGCGUUGUGAUUGCAGGUUUCCCGUUAACACAGGUUGUUGUUCAUGUUAACUGCUCUUUAGUUGUUGACAAUUUAUCGCCAAACCAACAAAUUGGGAUUUUGUCAAGUAACUAUGCUUAUGACAUUGGCCUCUGAAUGCCAUAUCUCCUCAGCCAGAUUUUCUUUCUCUUCUGUAUUUAUCUGACUCUUUCAGGCUGAAUGGGCGAAGAAAAAUAGCAAUUUCAUAAGCUUGAUUCAUGCAAUAUUCCAAUUAACCUAUUCCCAGGAUGCGUAU